AUGUCAAUAAUGGGGCCCCUCACACAUUUUGCUACUAUUGUUUUUUUACUCUCUUGGUUAUUGAGUAUCCAAGCAGCUGAACUGAAAACCUCACAAAAACCAUGUGAUUUUCAAGCACUCUUCAAUUUUGGCGACUCAAAUUCAGAUACAGGCUCUAUGUCUGCAGCAUUUUUCCCUGCUAUUUUGCCUUAUGGUCAGACCUUUUUCCAUGAGGCUGUUGGCAGAGCUUCUGAUGGCCGUCUCAUCAUAGAUUUCAUUGCAAAGCACCUUGGAAUGCCAUUGUUGAGCGCAUAUAUAAACUCGAUCGGAACAAGCUAUAGACAUGGUGCAAACUUUGCUGCAGGAUCAUCCACAAUCAUGCGACAGAACAGGACCUACUUCGACGGCGGAACUCCUUUCGUUCUCGAAAUCCAAAUACAACAAUUUAACAAUUUCAAAACACGCACUGCCAAGUUCUUCAGACAAGCAACACAUUUUCCAAAGCCAGAGGAGUUUGGCAAGGCUAUUUACACUUUUGAUAUUGGUCAAAAUGAUAUUGCUUAUGUUCUUAGUAAGGUGGGAAAGGAAGAUUCCCAAGAACUGAUCUCAAACAUUGUUGAAUAUUUUUCAAAACAACUUCAAAAUGUAUAUAGUUAUGGAGCAAGGACAUUUUGGAUACACAACACAGGCCCCAUUGGCUGCCUACCAGUUUCCAUGCCAAUUCACAAUACCCGCCGCAACAUUACUCUACUUCCAGGAUAUCUUGAUCAAAACGGCUGCGUCAACUACCAAAACGACUUGGCCAAAGACUUCAACAAAAAGCUUAAAGAUGAAGUUCUCAAAUUAAGGACACUCUUCCCCAAUGCUUCUUUAACCUAUGUCGACAUGUUCUCCGCAAAGUAUGAACUCAUCAGUAAUGCUAAAAACUCAGGAUUCGUUGAACCUUCUGAAAUAUGUUGUGGAUAUCAUGAAGAUGGUAACCAUGUAUAUUGUGGGAAUAAAGCAACGAUUAAUGGUAAAGAAAUUGUAACAGAAUCUUGUAACGAUCCUUCAAAGUAUAUAAGCUGGGAUGGCGUGCACUACACUGAGGCAGCAAAUAAAUGGAUUGCCAAUAGAAUACUCAAUGGUUCCUUUUCAGAUCCACCACUUCCCAUUACACACUCAUGUCAAAUUACUCAUUAG